CGCACCCAAGCCCUAACAGGUAACGACUUGUUUCGUCUUCCCCUUGCCCCGACGGCCGCCGAACAGGCACGCACGGACGUACCCGCGGGCGUCUCCUUCCGCUGAAGCCAUCCAAACCACGCGCCGCACCUCGUUUUCCUCCGUCUUCGAUCUCCAUCUCGUCGUGUUCGUCCUCCUCUGCUCUACUGGACUGCCGUGGAGUGGAGGUCCAUCCCGUCUUGGGUUCGAUUUCUUGAGGUAUCAAAGUAGAGAAGUUUGGGCCUUGGCUAAGCUCGCAAUGAGAAUCUUUGAGCAGCUGGGUAGCAGGGGGGAUGACAUGCAUCUAGAUAAGGGAGAAGAAAAUGCAGAGGACACACCUGAUACUCAACGUCUGAAACUCGAAAUAAGCGACUCUUUUCUGAGUUCCAUUAGUCUCAUGCUGGCAUGGGACAGGAACGGUUCUUCUGUUCAAAGCAAAUAUAAUGAUAGGAACAAAUAUGAGGAGCUCAAAACUGCACAAAAUCAGCUUAUUAGUGUGAAGAAAGGCAAGAGAAUGCCGACAGUGUUGCCUCUUCGGACACUUACCAUUGGCCACCAGAAGUUCAUUAGUAUGGGUGAAUGCAACAUAUUCGCUAAGUUCUGCUACCUGACAAAGAAUGUUGUGUGCCAAAUGUGCUACGAAAAGCUCUCUAGGAAGGUUGAUAUCCUGUUUUCGGACAUCACAUCUAUCCUUGUGUGUUUUGACCGGAGAGAAUUUGAUACCUUGAGAAUAGAGGCGAAAUCUUCAUUCAAAUCUUUCUCUGCUGAUAAGCCACGUCCUGGAAAGUUUCCUGACUGGGAAGUUGACAAUUCUGAAGAAGACGGCUGUUUUCCUGAAUCAAAAUUUGUCUUCCUCGAAAUUGAGAAGGGGGUGCUUGAAAAGGGCUUUGCAAAGCUGAUGUAUAGUUAUCCCAGAUUAGAACGUAUUGUAAAAUUUGCAAGAGGAGACUCUGGUGAUCAACACAUGUACCAAGGCUGUGUGCAUGCUAGCGCACAGCAAACCAAUACGUUUGCGCUUCACCCGUUGCCAUCCGAAAAUGUUUUCCCCUACAUUGGAUGGUGAAUGCAAAAUAUGCUUACCAACUUGUGUAUGACAGAUUUGUCAGUACUCAAUAUUCUGAUUAGGACAUCAUUU